UCCCCUGGUGACCACGCCAGCGUGACGGCCUGUGGGGAAUCCGCUGAGUGUCUGCAAGAUGUGGCCAAAGUCCACGCAGGGUUUGGACGCAGUUUUUGUGCCUGUGAAUGGGCCGCACUGUAGGAUGACGGCCCCAGGGAAGCUGCGGGUGGCGGUGAUCGGGGCAGGAGCAGCCGGGCUGUGUGCGGCCCGUCACAUCGCUGCCCACCCCGAGUCCUUUGCGCCCCCCGUGGUGUUCGAGGCGUCCAGCCGCGUCGGGGGCACCUGGGUCUAUACCGAAGAGACGGGGCAGAGACCGGAUGGGCUCCCCGUCCACUCCAGCAUGUACCGGGACCUCAGGUAGCCGGCGCGGGGCUGCGGGUGCCGUGUGCUUCCGGGCACAAGGCAGGGGCAGAGGAGCUUGCCAGGCCUCCAAGUGUGUGUGUGUGUGAGGGUAGGAUCCCCUCCCCUGAGACUAGCCCCCCCCCAUCCUCCCAGGGGGUCUGUCUCCUCACUGCCCCCCCCACACACUUCCCCCAUUUCCCGCUGCAGCUGGGACACCCUCUGCUACCCACGUGGGCCAGUCCUGGGAGUGCCGAGCCCUGGAAGGGGCAGGCAGAUGCAGGAG